GGCGGAAGCGGGGCAGGCCGGGAGGUCAUCUGGACCAUGGCGGCCCCGCCGCCGCUGCGGGACCGCCUGAGCUUCCUGAACCGGGUGAGUGAGGCCAGCCCGGUUCGCCGACUUCCGGGCGUCCCGGUACCUCACUGGAGCGGCGGGGACGGUUCAGCAGCGCCAGAGAAAGGCGAGCCCACUCCGACCGCGGGAGAACGCGGUACAGGGCACAGGGACACCUCGUGUAGGAGACGAAGACACCUUGGAACAGAGGCCGCGGCAGGCCCGUCUUAGUAGAUCUCCAAGAGAGGGGUCAGGGCCUUUUGCCAGCUGCUGGUCACAACAAAUCGUAAAGUCCUUUGACAGCUCUCUGACUUCUGAGGCUGAAGUCUCAGGCCCUGGACGGUCCCAGGCAGGUGGUACAGCAGGUCUGCAGUCCUAGGCAGGGCUCUGGCGGAGUCCUUAUGCCCUCCCUUCAGGCCCCCUUCAUGGUGUGGUGGGCAGAUAGGCGGUGUGUCGGAGUGGCGUGUGCCCACAGCCUCCCGGAAUACCCACGUGGUGCACGUUUUACCUGUGUUCAUGACUGUAGGUGCCUGGCGUUCAGACUGUAUUCUCUGCUUUAGGACCUGACGUGGUCCCCAUACUUGUCAUUGUAAAUAGCCUUGAACCCCUCCACAGUCCAGGUAUUGAAUAGGCGUUUCCAUUUUUCAACCCCAUAAAUGUUAUCUUUUCCUGACAAGCAGGUAACAUAAGCAAACAGUCUGUACUGAUGUGUGAACAAAAGCCCACAGCUUGAUUGUUCUUAAGGAGCUUUGGAGUUAAUUGAGCUGAGUUCUGAUUCUGCCCAUCAGUGUUCAGGAGAGCUGGUGUCACAGCCCUGAACUUUUUCUUCUGCUAGUCAGUCCUACCCCAGGCCGGCAUGUCAUCAGUGAGAGCAAGGCCUUCUCCUACGACCUUUGGUGGCUGCAAUCUCACCUUCUUAUAGAAGGUGAAUGCUUAGGGCUCUUUUUCCCUUUCAGCUCCCAAUUCUCCUGAAGGGAACCUCAGACGAUGAUGUCCCAUGUCCAGGGUACCUGUUUGAAGAGAUUGCUAAAAUCUCCCAUGAGUCGGUGGGCAGCAGCCAGUGCUUACUGGAAUACCUCCUGAACCGCCUGGACAGCAGCUCUGGCCAUGUGAAGCUCAAGGUGCUGAAGAUUUUGCUCUACCUGUGCAGCCAUGGCUCCUCCUCCUUCCUGCUCAUCCUCAGACGAAACUCUGCUCUCAUCCAGGAAGCCACAGUUUUUGUAGGACCCCCAGACCCUCUGCACGGGAACAGCUUGUACCAGAAGGUUCGAGCAGCUGCCCAGGACCUGGGCAGUACCUUGUUCUCUGACGCUGCACCACUGCCUCCCUCCCGGCCUGCCAGGACCCUGCCUCUCACAGGCAUGGGCUCCCAGUCCAGGCCUCUCAGCGUACUCCAGGGUUUCGGUUACAGCCAGGAGCGGGGCCAUGCAGGCUCCUCAGGUGGAGCCUUCCUAUCCACCAUCCAGAGGGCUGCAGAGGCAGUGGUUAAUGCCGUGCACCCCGGGGCUGAGAAUUCCCGGAACCAGAGGCCUCUGCCACAGGGUGACACCUACCAGCCUUCGAUGACACCUUUGGGCAGCCACCCUGCCCCUGGGAACCUGCUCCCUGGGGCCAUCCCAGGUGCUCGAGCUGUGAGACACCAGCCAGGGCAGGCUGGAGGGGGCUGGGAUGAGCUGGACAGCAGCCCUGGCUCCCACAGCUCGUCCCGGAACAGUGAUCCGAGCCGGGCCUCAGACUCGGGCAGUCGGUCAGGCAGUGACAGCUACUCAGGGGCCAGCCAGGAGCCGGGUGACCUGGCAGAAAGGGCCGAAGCCAUGUCCCUGAGUGACUGCCAGCAGGAGCUGAGCCUGGUGAGGACUGUGACGCAGGGGCCCCGUGCCUUCCUGAGCCGUGAGGAGGCUCAGCACUUCAUAAAGGAGUGCGGGCUGCUCAACUGCGAGGCUGUGCUGGAGCUGCUCCUUUCCCAGCUGGGCACAGCCAGUGAACACGAGCAAAUGAGGGCCCUGGGCGCCAUCUCCUCCCUCGGUUCUGCCGACCUCCUUCCCCAGGAGCACAUCCUCCUCCUCUCCCGGCAGCGGCUGCAGGAGCUCAGCAGGGGUAGCCCCGGGCCUGUGACCAGCAAGGCCACCAAGAUCCUGAGGCACUUCGAAGCCUCCUGUGGACAUCGGCUCCCAGCCCCAAGGCCCCGUGCCGAGCCCGGCCCCACAUCCACCCUUGUGGGGCCGUCAGACUUGCUGUCAGACCCCAGGCCUCCCCCUGGGGGCCAGGUCAUCCUCCAGCCUCUGAGCUCCAUCCCAGUCUUGUCAGGCAGCCCUGCCCCUUCCCCAGCUGCAGACACCAGCCCCCUCCCAACCCCUGGACAUGCCAGCAAGGCUGAGACCCUCCCAGCAGCUUCCAGAGAGCGGGGGGCAUGGCCUGAGCAGGGCUUGGGGGACACGGACACCCCAGAGAGAGGCCCUGGCCACUUCCCAUGGAGCCACGACUCCUUGUUUGCUGGCAUGGAGCUGGUCGCCUGCUCCCACCUGGUGGGGGUUCAGGCUACAGCAGAGGAGCCCAACCCGGCCCCCCACGGCCCUGGGACAUGGGCCCAGAGGGCGGCAGCCACACAGCCUGCAGGCCCAGAGUUGUCAGCCUUUGCCUUCUUAAACAAGUGACCAUGUGGGCCUGGCUGGUCUCCUUGUCCUCAGCUGGUGGCUCCCAGGACCCCAUGGCCUCCUGCUGGCAGCCACCGACCCCACCCCUUCACUUACCCAUCGCCCACUGUGGCCUGGGUACAGGAGCCUGAGCCAGAUGGUGCCGAGUGGGCCUCCCAGCAGCUGGCCUGGUUGCUGAUGGGCCGAGUGUCCCUCAGGAUGCUGUGGAGCAGCCAGGACAGGAUGCAGUUGGACCCUCAGAGCCAUCUCGGAUGCACUGCUCCCCAACCAGCUUGCCUGAUAAGGACCCACACAGGUCGUUCUGGGGGUCUCCCUGUGGCUGGGGCCAACUUGCCCACUGCAGAGGUUUCCACCUUUCAAUGGCGCAUCUGCAGGGCUGGCAUUCCUGAGGCCCAGCCCUCGGCUCACCCUGCUCCUGUCUCCAGCUCACCUGUCCACCAUCUGCUUUGCCAGAGGCUGGCUAUGGGGACUUGAGUUCUGCCAGGAAGGUGGCAGGGCUCAGACGUGCUGCCUGGGUACCCAGGGCAACUCUCGCCCGCCUUGCCCUCCGGACCGGGGUGCUGGUGUGGCUCUGGAGGCCUCUGCUCAGUUAUUUUCAUCUUGACCUCAGACCUCUCCUCCCCAGGAAGGUCACAGCCUCUGGAGCUGCGGCCUUGUGGGGUGGGCAGCUGAGGGGAUUGGUGCCUGGGGCUGGGGCCGGUUCUCAGCUGCCUGGUGUCCUUGGCCCUUUCAAGGUCAAGGGUGGGGAGUGGGGGUGUGAAACCCAUCCCUGGAAGACCUGGAAGGAGCUCUGGGAUUCACACUCUGAAUAAACAGUGCUGUUUACACGGACCUGGAA